AAUUAACGGAGGGCAUUGUUCACAAGCAGUGAGAGGCACAGGAAGCCAGUAAAACGAGUGAAAGAACUGAAAGGAUUUGACCUUAAUCAGCUGUAAAAUGCCAUUGGUUAUCUGUGUAGUUUUAUUCUUACUUGAAAAACAACUUGGGGCUUUGGGAAACAGAUGUUUAUCAGCUGAAGAAGCGACUAAGCCAACCUCAAUCACGCCAACUGUGGAAAUGAACAACUUGGAAUUCCCGAAUGAGCACGUUCUUCCAACUGGCUAUAAUAUAACAGUCGUUUGUACAAGCAAUCAUCCAGCUAAAUCGGAUCAUAAAUUGUACUUACCCUACUGGAUACAGUAUUUUUUCAACGAUGUCUACAAGAGAGAAUUGAGUUGUGGUGGUGGCAAUAGUGACUCAGAUUACGAACGUUCAAAAGUGUGCAAAUACUUUAUUCAAAACGCCACCGAGGAUAACUCUGGGAAUUAUACCUGCAUCUCAAGAAAUAGUUAUGGCUGCACAAUGAAAACAAUGGCGCUGAUGUUUAAAGAGCCAUCACCUCCGCUUUUUACUCAUCACCAGCCUCGUGAAGUCGACUUUCUAAAAUCUAGUAAAGCCAAACUCAGCUGUAAUGCAUCAGGUGUUCCCCUUCCCUCCAUCACCUGGUUCAAAGACGGUAAUAGCCUUUCCAGUUCUUCUGUGAUAGGGUCAAAAAGUUAUUCAAUAUUGAAUUUUGAAUCUGUACACCCUCAUGACCAAGGACAGUAUUGGUGCGAGGCAAACAACACAGAGGGGCAGAGCAGAUCAGCUCCUGUAAAUCUAACAGUGGUGUGGAAGCCAGCGUUCUACAUUCAUCCCCAAGACACAACUGUAUAUCUUGACGAUGAUGCCACCACCGUGACGGUUAAUCUCUCGUGUGCAGCAAAUGGCUCCCCACUUCCAGUGAUCAGUUGGUUAAAAAACAACUCCAAAGUUGAUGAUGAUGCAGUGAUUCGAAGUCAAAACAUCUCCAUCCUCACUGUUGAAAUCAAGGAGGGGACAGAAAAGCACUUUAGAUAUCGUUGCGUUGCUAAAAACUCGUUGGGAAACACAUCUUCCCAGGAAGCCACACUGAUGAUCGCAAAACGCGAUGAGGAACGUUUACCAAUGGAGGGUAUUGUGGAGGGAGAAAGCCCUUUCUACCUCCAACCCAGAAGCAUCAAGGCUAUUGCAGGAGACCACGUUGAUUUCGUGUGUGCCAUAGAGGGUAGUCCUGUCUCACAAAUCGUGUGGUUAAAGGAUGGUUCAGCAAAUUUGGACGGUAACACUGAUUACUACUCAGGAGAACAAAGUGCCACCUCUGUGCUCAAGAUCUACCCCGUGAGUGAAAGACAUGUUGGUCGUUAUUCAUGCGAAGCAACAAGAUUCGCGGGAACUGCAAUCUCGCGGGAGGCAGUACUCGUAAUAACAGAUAAAGAAUCCUCUCGUUCCACAUUGUGCAUUUCCAUAGCUGUGUGGGUCCCAGUUGCUACAGGAGCUUUUGUACUACUUCUUAUUGUCAUUUCAAUAUUUUUUGUUCACGUCAGAAAUAAAAAUGCUAAAUUCAACAUCGCGAAAAAGAUGAGAGAAGAUAACCAAUUUCCACAUCUUCACACCCAAGACGAUAUGAUAAGUCAACAAAGAGGAGACAGUAAAGCGCCGCGAUAUCAGAUGACAAACUUGGCAUUUACAAAUCUAAUCUUUAAUGUAUCCCAACGGGUGGCUCAGCCAGGCUGGCUAAAUGGAAUGCGUGAAGACGCAGAUACUUGUGGAAAUCUGACUAAAGCAUACAAAGACAACAAAGCUUUAAGAUGCCAAUGCGUCAAAUGGUUUAUCUUGGCAUGGAGUCUUGAAAUUCUUGUUUUACCUACUUUUAUUUUAGCAACCUCAGACAGGCCAACUGUGGAAAUGAACAACUUGGAAUUCCCGAAUAAGCACGUUCUUCCAACGGGCUACAAUAUAACAGUCGUUUGUACAAGCAAUCAUCCAACUCAAUCGAGUGAUAAAUAUUACUUACCCUACUGGAUGCAGUAUUUUUUCAACGAUGCCUACAAGAUAGAAUUUAGUUGUGGUGGUGGCAAUAGUAACUCACAUUACGAACGUUCAAAAGUGUGCAAAUACUUUAUUCAAAACGCCACCGAGGAUAACUCUGGGAAUUAUACCUGCAUCUCAAGAAAUAGUUAUGGCUGCACAAUGAAAACGAUGGCGUUGAUGUUUAAAGAGCCAUCACCUCCGCUGUUUACUCAUCACCAGCCUCGUGAAGUCGUCUUUCUAAAAUCGAGUAAAGCCAAACUCAGCUGUAAUGCAUCAGGUGUUCCCCUUCCCUCCAUCACCUGGUUCAAAGACGGACAUAACUACACGUGUACUUAUGAAUAUGAUUUUGCGUUUGCUGACUAUCUUCAUAUCUUUGUAAAGUGGGACAAUUACAAGAUGGAGUCCCUGAUGGAUUCUGUGGACCGUCGAAUGCUUGGGAACAUUUUUUUUCCAGUAGCUUACGUGGUGUGGAAGCCAGUGUUCUCCAUUCAUCCCCAAGACACAACUGUGUAUCUUGACGAUGAUGCCACCACUGUGACUGUUAAUCUCUCGUGUGCAGCAAAUGGCUCCCCACUUCCCGUCAUCAGUUGGUUAAAAAACAACUCCAAAGUUGAUGAUGAUGCAGUGAUUCGGAGUCAAAACAUCUCCAUCCUCACUGUUGUAAUCAAGGAGGGGACAGAAAAGCACUUAAGAUAUCGUUGCGUUGCUAAAAACUCGUUGGGAAACAUAUCUUCCCAGGAAGCCACACUGAUGAUCGCAAAACGCGAGGAGGAACGUUCACCUAUGAAGGCUGAUAACGGAACAGUCACCAAAGAAACUUGGUCCGCAAUCAUUUGGUCCACUGCAAUAACCGGGGCUUCAGUUCUUAUUUUCAUCAUAAUUCUGUUCGUUAUCAAGAGGAGUAUGGAAAAGAGAUCAAUCUACCUACUAGACAAGAAAGUUUUUAGAAGGACACAAGAGGCUUUUGAGAUAAAAAUCACGAGCACAAACGAUACGAUAAAUCAGUUACGAAACAGCCAGUCUGCAUUAACCGAUGAUGGUCAACACACGGAUCCAUCUACUUUUGACGAAAACGAAGUGGUUGGAAACGAAAUUUAUUUGCAAUUAAUGGCAGUUGACAGAAACUGGGAGAUCCCCCGGGAUAGAUUGACUAUUUCAGAGGAGAAACUUGGCAAAGGAGAGUUUGGAGAGGUUAAGAAAGGAGUUUACCUAAGAACUGAUGGAAAUGAACUUCCAGUGGCGGUGAAAAUUCUUAAAGAUAACAAAGACAGACAGCAGCGAAUGGCGCUAAUCAAAGAACUGGAGACACUCAUCCAAGUUGGUCGCCAUCCGAAUAUUGUCAGUUUGGUCGGAGCUUGCACCUUUGAAGAGCCUCUUUGCAUCGUCAUUGAAUUUGUCUCUGGUGGAAGUCUUGAUAAAUUACUUCGAAGCAGUCGCGUCCAUAAUCAACAAGUUGAUCCAACUUAUGUUAACAUAUGGUCAAGGCUGACAGAGAGAGAAUUAUUGAGGAUUGCUUCAGACGUCGCUAGCGGCAUGAGCCACUUGGAAAGUAAACAGUGCAUUCAUCGCGACUUGGCGUGCAGAAAUGUUCUUGUUGGAAAAGGGUUGGUAGCCAAGGUGGCUGAUUUUGGAAUGGCACGUGACGUAUCCACAGAUGGGCAGUACAUCAAGACAACAGAGGGACGAGUUCCAUGGUUAUGGAUGUCUAUGGAGGCGUUAAGGGGAACUUGUACAAUAAAGGGAGACGUGUGGUCAUUUGGAGUAACCCUUUGGGAGAUAGUUACUCUUGGGGAACUACCGUACACGGGUAUCAAAGGCAUUUUAGAGCUUUACGAAUUGCUGGAGGAUGGAACAAGAUUACCAAAACCACUGCAUUGUUCGGAUGAGCUUUAUAGCAUCAUGUUAGGCUGUUGGCAGAGGAACCCUGUCGAGCGUCCAUCAUUUGAACAGCUUUAUGAGAUGUUGGAGGAACUUUUACAACAAGAGACUAGAACAUACAUCAAUGUCACUUACUUCGAAGAGCAAAACAAAGAGGAAGCUAAUUGAAUACGAGUUUACUUUACGUUCAACACAAGUGGAAGACGUUGCCAUGAAAGAGCAAAAACGAUGAUCGAAGAUUUUGUCUCCUAUUAAACGUAGAUGGACUUAAGGCACAAGCCGCCUGUUAACCCUGCCAUUAUGGGGAGAGGUGUGUAGUGGGGGUGUGUGCG